AUGUCUUAUCGCGGGAAAUGGGAAGGUGACGCCCCGCAAGAUAAAGCCAUGAGGUGGGGUAGUAUUUUCCCAGCGAUCAUGGCCGCAUUCUGGGUCUUUUUUGCGUGGAGAGGAAAGAAUGCGCUGGGCCGCGCUAUAGGAAUUAUCCAGCUUGCUUGUAAAAUCCUUGGAGAGAAUGCAGCCUUGGUGCUUUUGAGCUUUGGGACCCUGGGAGCCAUUUGUGUGUUUACCUGGGUGUGGGUUGCCAUGUUUACGAGAAUGUUUUGGAUGGGGAACUACAUCGUAGGAGGCGUUCCUUUGUGGCAUUUGGAUACCAAGAUGAUGAUGCUCGCUACAUACUACAUCAUGAUGUAUCUGUGGACUUUGGGGAUCUGUUCAAAUAUCCAGAGGGCAACUUCUGCCGCGACGGUUUCCCAAUGGUAUUUUCACAGACACCAGAUUCCGAAAGCUUCAUCAAAGGAUAUCAUGCAGGCUGCGUUUACACACUCCACCACAACUCUCUUUGGAACAAUCUGCUUCUCCUCACUCGUCGCACUUCUGGUCCGCGUUCCGUUAAUGGUGGCUCCAAGACGCAUUGCAGCCUUCAUCCACAUGUUCUGCUACAGCUUCAUCACCUCGCCAGUGGCAUCACUCACCAACCCCUUGACACUGACCUACGCCGCGAUCCACUCACAGCCCUUGAUAGCGUCUUCCCGCGCCGUCGCCGGCAUGAGGUUCAUUGACACCGCGGGGUACGGGACCGGGAAGCACCCACGCACGGCCUACAAGUUCAGCAAAAUGCUUUUGACAGCCACCCGCGGCAUCACAGCGCUGAGUAUGGGGAUAGGAGCCUGGGUCACGACCGCGAGGGACAUCAAUGGCGGGAGCGCAUACGGGUAUAUUGUGGGGAUGAUUGCGGGGGCUAUUGGAUGGGCGGUGCUUGGGGCGACAGAGGGGUGCUUGAGUAAUAUCGUGGAUGCGUGCUUGGUGUGUGUGGGGUCGGAGGGACCGAAUGGCGGGCACUGUAGGGAGGCGCAGAUGGUGUUUGGUGGCUAA